AUGGAGCUGCGCAAGCUUCUCACCGUCUCUCGCCGCCCCCUCCUCCUCUCCGGCCGAUUUGCCUCCACCUCUGCAGUUGCCGCGCUCGCAAACCCCACCGCCGACGCUCCCUCCCUGGCCAAACCCCCCGUGAUGCUCUACGAUCGCCUCGCCGAGGCCGUCCGAACCAAGAUCAAGCGCCUCGAUGACCCCGACCCCCGCUUCCUCCGCUACGCCUCCCCCCACCCCACCCUUGCCGACCAUACCCCCAUCCUGGCCGUCCCGGAGACCCGCGUCACCAUCCUCCCCAAUGGGCUCCGCAUCGCCACCGACUCUACUCGUGACUCCCGCACCGCCACGGUCGGCGUGUGA